AUGAGACCUUCCUGCACAAGAGAUCCGUGGUUUCCCCAGCUAGCAGAAAACGAAGCUCCUGCGAAGUCACCUCUCGACACAUUCAGCAUCAAAGCCAGGCAAUUCUGCUGCUCAAAGGCCUUCCAGUGCUCAAAGCCACGCGUGCCUUUACCUGCGAACCGGUGCCCCCAGCUCCGCCGCCUGUGCCUGGCCGAGACGGACCUCCGCCCCGUCCCCUACGAGAGCAUCCCCCCUUCCCUCCAGGCGCUGGAGCUGAGUCGCUGCGAAAUCCCCGCCGCCUGGUUCUGCGGCUCCGCCGCCAGGGCCCUGCCCCGGCUGCAGUGCCUCGUUGUCGGCAACGUCCCUGCCUUUUCCGAUCACCACCUCCUGAACAUCUCCUCCCAGAGCCGCCUGAAGACGCUGAGCCUUUCGGGCACCUACCGCGUCACGGAUCAGGGGAUUCAGAGGGCGGCUCCGCACCUGGAGGAGCUGGAGCGCCUGGUCCUGCGCCGCUGCGUCGUCGGCGACUCCGCCAUGGACUUCGUCGGGCGCCACAUGAAACGUCUCCGGUUCCUGGAGAUCAGCGACGCUUACUCCCUGACGAAGGCGGGCCUGGCUCACUUAGCAGCCCUGCGGUGCCUGGAGACGCUCUGCCUUGACCUCUGCGACAAGAUUUCCCCCGGCGCCAUUACUGCUUUGUGCCAAGCGCUGCCCCAGCUGAGGAACCUCAAAUUAGGCGGGGCUUGCUUUGAAGACGAAGCAAUCGGUAAGAUCCAGGCGAGUUUGCCCCACUGCAGUUUUUCACGUACUCCUUGACGCGCGGCCUGGAGCGGCGGGGCUUUUGUCGUUCGGUCCCGCGCCUCAAGUGCUCCUUUUUUUUUUUUUCGGGGUACGGUCUCUUCUCCUGGGAGCUGCUGUACGUAUUUUUGGGACAGGAUUUUCGUUGGGGCUAAACCAGCCAGAGCGUCGUGUAAAACGGUUUUGGCGGGAGCU